AUGGGGAAAUUAAUUCGCAUUUUCCUUUUAUCUUUGAAGAUUCUUCUCUGUUGUGCUGUUCACUUUGCACACGGCAAAGAUUGGGGCUGCGGAUAUGUUUGGUCAGUUUCAGGAUGUGAAGGUCAAAAUUGUGAAGAUAAAGAUACUUCAGAAACCGCUGUUCAGGAAUUUGCAGAGCAGAAGCGCGGUUCCGCUUUGAGCCAUUUCAAUCGCUUCAACAAGCAGGCGGAAGACCGAAAAUCUCGGCCCCGAGGAGCGAUCAUACCGUUCAUUGGACUAACCGACAGUAGCAGGUUGAACAGGAAUUGUUGUCAGAAUGGAGGCACAUGCGUACUUGGCAGUUUCUGUGUUUGCCCUAAACACUUCCUGGGGAGAAACUGUGAAUAUGAUGAACGCAUUAGGAACUGUGGCAAUAUUCCUGAGGGAGCAUGGGUACCCAAAAAUUGUACUUGGUGUAGAUGCAGCUAUGGGAUUUUGCACUGUAUUCCGGAAUCUCAGGACGAUUGCGAUGUUAAAAGAGACUUAAAAGAAGAUCUCAGAUACUACCAGUUACUCUCAGAUGGCUCUCAACUGCUACCAAUGAGAUAUCUGCUGCUGCCGGGGAUAUUCCUUACCAUUGUAUCAUUCGGACUAUUAACUCACAAUGUAUAUUCAUAACAAACUGGAAACACACUGCAGUACAUUUAGUUAUGUUCUGGGGAAAAGCAGGGAAUUUAUUCCUGCCUGUGAAAGGAUGAUGCUGUGAGUUAAUGUGCAAAAUCAAUUUGUGGUCUA